AUGAGUUUACCUCCUAAAAUUCUCCAUCUCCUAUGGAGAAUUCUUCAAGACUGUGUUCCUACUAGAGAAAAAAUGGUUAAACAUGUUCAAACCAUUGAUGACAUUUUUUCUUUAUGUGGUAAUUGUAAGGAAGAAGUUCAACAUCUUUUUUUGCAUUGUUCUGUUACUCAGCGUAUUUGGUUUGAUAUGGAUACCACUGUGCUUCCCUCUGUUGGUAAUCUGGAUUUGUUCAAGCCAGAUAGCUUUAUCCAUGAUUUUAAAAAUUAUAUUUCAGAGAUUGAAGCAAACAUUAUAACCCCACGGAGUAUUAGUAGAAGUACUUCUAUACCUCUGAAGUGGUUGGCACCUGUAGAUUUUGAAAUCAAAAUAAAUUUUGAUGUCUCUUUUAUUACUAAAAGGUUACCAGUGGGUGUGGGACUAAUAGCUCGCAACUCUGCAGGAACUUUCAUUGCAGCAAAAGGUAGUUCAUCAACAGCUGUAGAUGAAAAGCAAAGGGAGGCUAUUGCAGCGCUGGAAGCACUGAAAUGGGCUAAGGAAAGGAAUUUUACGGAGCUGCACUUGGAAGGCGACAUCAUCAAUGUAGUGGAUGCAAUUAAUGGAAUCACUGGUAGAAUAAAUUGGACGACAAAUAGUGUCAUCCAAGAAUGUCUUGUUUUACUUAAUUCAUUUAGUAGAUGGAAAUGCUCUCAUAUUAAAAGAGAAGCGAAUAGAGUGGCUGAUGAUUUAGAAAAAUAUGCAAGAUCUAACGCAAACUAG